UAAAAUCCUCUAUUAAAUUACCAACUGUGGCAUGUUGACAAAGUGGAAGCGUUUUUUAUCCGCGAUCUUAGUAAGUGUGAUCGAAUCUGAAAAAAAUAUUAAAGUGGACAAAGGAACGGUCUAGGAUGGAGUAGUAGUCUGUGAAGCGACUACAACUCUAUGGUCUAUCAAUCAAAUGUCAGAAUAUUUGACAUCAACAAAAGAACGCAUAAUUUACAAUAUGUCUUGCAAGACAAACAAAAAAUCAUUAAAUGAAUUACAAAGAAAAUCAUAUGAAAUUACAAUUCUCAAAGACAAAUGCACACAUUUACAUAACCCCCUCAAGGUAAAUCUCCAAUUACAUCGUUACAAAUUGGGACAGAAGAAAGAUAAUUACAGUAAAGCAACGUACCUUGAAAAUCUAGGCAAAACCACCACAGAAUACCGAGCGUACACCUCCAAACAAACAACACCAGCCGUUGAUGAAUGUCCAGGAAUGAUUAAUAAAUCGUUCAAAUUUGAGUUUAAUAUCAUCAAUGAACGCCGUGAAUAAUUCCUCUGGACGUUGCCAUCUAUACAAGUGUUCUGAUGUGAGCAGGGACCUUUCGGCCGGCGCAAAAAAUACAUCUAAUAUCCUGAAGCGAAGAGAGUCC